AUGGUUAUCUUGUCUGCGAGAGACGAGCUCCCGUCGACGUCCAUUGCGUCUGCCAUUGCGACAAGGAGCAGACGAAGCAGAGGUAACAAAAGGGCUCCACCCACGUGGUUUGGGAGCAUCCACUUCCGCCCUUGCCUGCACACGCAUGCCCUCACGCGACGCGCUGCUCGAAAGUGGAAUGGCGCCCGCACGACUGAGACUUUCUCCCCGCACUCGAGCGUUGCCCUUCCUCCUGUGUCCAACACAAUGUCUUCUUCCCCUGGGCGACCGCGACCGCAAAGGGCUGCGGCUACUGCUCGCAGGCCACUGGUCAUCUCUGACGACGAAGGUUCUGAAGAUGAUCUUGGCGGCCUUGGCAAAUCGCAGACGAAACGACGUCGUGUGAGCGACGAUGCCGACGACGACAGCGACUUUGCCGAGGGAUCCAGCAGCAGCGAUGAUGAGGAUGAUGACGACGACGACGCAGUAGAUCACAGCGAUCAAGACGACGAAACCCCUUCUCUCGCCCGUAGCGGCAGUGGCAGCUGUCAGCCUGAGGACACCGAUGCCCUCGAGACGCCUUCCAACGAGGCAGAGAUGCCCCUCCUCGACCCCAAGCCAUCGCCUAUCGGCUUCCCACAGGUCACCAUUGAUCUAUCCAAUACACCAAAGCACAGCAAUACCCUGAAGCAAUCAUCGCUGGCGAGUUUCUUCACCAAGCCGGGCGUCGCUUUCAGCGCCGCAUCCACCUCGCGCACCCACCCCUUCUUCCAAUCCACGUCCUCCCGUCGGGCAAAUGAGAAGCAAAGAGACUCCGACUUUCUAGCAGACAGCGACGAAGACGAUGAUGCAUUUGGCAAAGCGUCGAGCAGCAAAGUUAAGAAGGGGCGGGUAAGCGGCUCAGCACGAGGCGGGAAGCUCGGUGUCUCCGGUCAGAAGUGGGCGCCAGACUUUCGCCGAGGACGGUCCACCAAGCAUAUCCCACACUGCCCUACCGAAGCGCAGGCAGCCGCUCUCGCAAAAGAGGCCGAGCAAAAGGCAAAGGAUCAUCUCUGGCCUCCCAUGUCCGACCUCAGCGAAAUCUACGCCGACAUCGUCGAUCGCAUGCCAGAGGCUCUCCUCAAGCCCCUGGCCCAGACGCUGGCCGGCAAAGGACGUGCUCUAAGAGUCGCUACAAUGUGCAGCGGUACCGAGUCUCCUCUGCUUGCUCUCAACCUCAUCUCACGUGCCGUCGAGGCAAAAUGGGGCAUCAAGAUGGCCAUUGAGCACGUCUUUUCCUGCGAGCUCGAGCCAUUCAAGCAGGCCUACAUAGAGCGUAACUUCUCGCCCCCUCUUCUCUUCCGCGACGUCACUGAACUUGGCAAGCCUCGCGCUCAUACAGCAUACGGAGCCCUGGUCGAAGUGCCGGGCGACAUCGACGUACUUGUUGCCGGGACAAGCUGCGUCGACUAUUCUGGUUUGAACAAUGCAAAAAAGGCCAUCAAUGAGGGGGGCGAGUCUGGUCGCACCUUUUUCGGCAUGCUCGACUGGGUCAAGCGCAACCAGCCAGCUAUCGUGAUUCUCGAAAAUGUCAAGUCGGCACCGUGGGAGGGAGUGGGCAAGUUCUUUGAAGAGGCCGACUACGACUCGUCCUUUUCCACUCGCUUCGACACCAAGAACUACUACAUCCCGCAGACGCGACAGCGAGGCUACUUUUUCGCGAGCAGGAACAAGAAGGGCGACUACCCUGCCAACUGGCACAAUCUCGUCUCGUCUUUGCAACGUCCCGCGUCGUCGCCCAUCGAGGCCUUCAUGCUGCCCACGACGGACCAGCGCAUUCAAGCUACGCGUGCCAAAAUGGGUCACGAGGAGGCCGGCAAGAGCAGAAGCACCAUCGACUGGUCCAAGUGCCAAGGUCGACACGAAGAGGCGCGCGGAUUUGAGAAGCUCGGUCAGGCUCGACCAUUCACUGCAUGGGAGGAGGGAGGCUCCUGCGCAAUGUCGCACGGAGCAUGGAACGAGUUCGCUCGACCUCAGCCGGAACGAGUACUUGACCUCAUGGACAUCACCGUAUUGCGGGACGCCAAGCGCGGAGAAGAUCCGCACUUCAAGAGUCGAGUGUGGGAGCUCAGUCAGAACGUCGACCGCAACAUCGUCGCUCCUCAACCGGGUAUCACGGGCUGUCUCACGCCGUCGGGUAUGCCCUUUCUCACCAGCCGCGGCGGACCCGUCACUGGAUUGGAGGCCCUGUCAUUGCAAGGCUUGCCCAUCAAUGAGCUGCUCCUCACGCGCGAGAGCGAUGAUCAGCUUCAGAACCUCGCAGGCAACGCCAUGAGCUCGACGGUAGUGGGCGUGUGCAUCCUCGCGGCGCUCGUACUUGCUCGCCCCGACCUCGAAGCUGAGAGGCAAGGUCUCGACCCUAAGACGUCUGCGCGUUUGCUCCACGACAUCGACGCGCCGCGCCGUCGUAAAGAGGUCGAUGUGAUUGGGUCGCUUGUCGAGGAGGACUACGAUCUAGUCUCGAUGGAGGCUAUCGACUUUAGCAAGCUUCUCCAGCAAGCGGCGUCAUCGAGCCAGCUGUGCAUCUGCGAGGGAUCCAACGAGUGCAAGGUGGACAUUUGGCGCUGCCGUCACUGCGACCAGACGGUAUGCGGGACGUGCAAAUCGCGGCCGUUGCACAGCUUUGCCAUGGAUGAGGCCGCCGCACACCGUACGUUGCCUCGUGACUUUGAGGAUGUGCUCAAGAAGGCUCUGCCCAUGCGUUUGGCAAUGAGGGCGAGCGGGAUCUCACGAGCAGCUGCAGGGGCUACUGGUCUCGGCUCAGAGGGAAAGCGCUGGCAGGAGCGCGUGGAGAAGGUGCUGAAUCACGCAGAGUUCCGCUUCUCCCACCUCAUACGCGGUCGCAUCUGGACGGCAGAGUUCUUCUCGCUCUCUUCAUCACGCAUGGAGCUUGUCCUGGACCCCGUGGAGCCAUUCUGGCAGAUCUUUGUCGAGCCAGACAAGAGGGAGCCCGAGGGCAGCGUGCUGCGCAAGCUCCUCCUACAACCCGUAGCUCGUCAGCGUAUCGAUAUCCAGGGGGGGCGUAGAGCAACACUUCUUGAACUCGGGCAGAAGUGGGAGCUCAACUUGCCGACACGCAAUCGCGCUACAAUGAACGUCGUGUGCCAUGGCGAACAGAUAGACUCGUGGCAGGCAUCAAUGGGCAUUCGUGGAGAGUACGCUGGCACCAAGCGCUACUCCAAGAUGACAAUUGAGAAGGUGGGUGACAGCGCAUCGCAAGCUGAGACCACUCUGUGUGGAGAAUACGAGCUGCUGCCGGAGUGCGGGCAAGCCAACGCCUCGCUUCACAAGCGCAAAGGGGGCGAGCGCCCACUUUACCUUUUUAUCGAUGCUGCUCGAUACGGCUCUUCAUCCGACGACGCCUACGUGUUCUCCUCAAAGCUCGGCAUGCUCAACUACCCCAAGGAUCGCCCUGUACUUGCCAGCUUCAAGUCUGGAUGGAAGCCACCACUUGCGCCGCGCGAUCCCACCGUCGAAGACGAGGUCGAGCUCACGCCAGAUGAGUUUGAGAAGCUCUCUGCGUCGUACCAACGCCAGCGAGGAGAGCACAAGGAGAAGACGCAGACGGUCGAGACGACUUUGUGCGGGCAGUGGGUCCCGUGCGCGGGCCUGAUCAUGGGGCCAUACCACGAAGAGAAGAGCGCCACAAUUGCGAUCCCAUCAUCGCAGCUCCAUCUCAAUCUCGAAAAGGCAGGCUGCUCCGAAGCGCAGACGGUGCUUGCCUGCACGACUUCGCUCAGCGACCGCAGCAACGACGACAGCGGCAAUGUUUGGCCUCGAGCCCGCGGAAGGUGGGUGGAGGUCGAUUUGGAGCACCAAGGCAGGCAGACUUUCGAGAAGCUGUCGUGGCUCAUCGAGAGGGUGCCCGAGGUGCGUUCUUGGGCGAAUUGGAUGCAGGCAAAGCGUACGUAUACGGCCAGCUGCUGCAUCGAAUGUGCACCAGCUCCGCCUUCCAUUCAAUGGCUCAAGAAGGGCAAUACGCUGCCUAUCCCCAUCGAGAAUGAGCGCGAGGCUGGGCCUUACGAGCAAGCGAUGAAGAACAGGCCAUUCCCAUUCCUACUUCACCUGCGCACUGACGACGACGGAUGCGGUAGGCUACGUCUUGCUGUCAACCCCGCGACGCUUAUGCACCGAGCUCUCUCACGCCUGCCGCAGCGCGGCGAUGCCCAACAGCCGACGCCGUCGUGGCGCCUCACUCGGGUUGAUCCGACGCUAACCCCCUUCAAUCUGCCCAAGUACGAGCUGCGCUCGAAUCGUCACGACCCCGAGGCUGAGGAUCCGCAACACUUCAAGCUCUCGCUGCGCAAGGAGCAGAAGCGCUCUCUUAAUUGGAUGCUGGCGCAAGAGGGCGACGUAGAGCCAUUCACAGAGGAGGAAGUCAGCGAGGCGAGCUUGCCCGCGCUCGAGUGGUGUGCAGAGGGGAUGGCUCGGCAGUCGCGUGUGGUGCGAGGCGGAGUGAUUGCGGACGCAGUUGGCUACGGCAAGACAGCUAUCUCGCUCGCACUGAUCGCUAAGCAGCGGGAGCAAGGCGCCUCGCCUCCGCCCGCAAAUCCUAGCCUCAUACCUACCAAGGCGACGCUGGUCAUUGUGCCUCCACAACUCUGCAAGCAAUGGGAGAAUGAAGUGCGCAAAUUUGUAGGCAGCAAGCUCUCCGUCCACGUCAUCUUCAGCAAGGCCGAUCUCAACAAGACGACAAUCGAGCGACUACAGCGCGUAGACAUUGUCAUCAUGAGCGUGUCAGUCUAUAAGUCGGACUCGUACUUUGACUCGCUGGCCGCAUUCGCAGCUGCUAAUCCUAUCCCGCAACGCGAGGGUCGCUUUUUUGACUCUGCGUUGGCCAAGAGCAUCUCGUGUCUGCCGGAGCGAGUCAAGGAGCUGCAACUCGACGACCGCGGCCGCACGCUGUGGCAGAGCAUCAAGGAACGCAAGGGAUUCGACCCCGCUCAUCUCACCACUUACAAGGCCAAGAAACGUGUCGUGGGCAAGCAGUACGCGCGGGAAAAGGCCUUGGAGGGCGGCGAUGAUGAGGAGGACGGUGGCGUGGAGGAUGCUUGGGAGCAGAUCAAGCGUGAAAAAGUCUCGGACGUCUGGGGCAUCAAGACUGGCCUGAAGCGAUGGACGGACAUGACUUCGCCACCGCUCGAAUCGUUCUCGUGGCGUCGCGUCAUCAUCGACGAGUUUCACUACAUUGCCGCCGAAGCUGGUCGCGUCUUUUCAGCCGUACGUUCGCUCACCGCGAGCUCGACCUGGGUGCUUUCGGGUACGCCGAAGACGGGCGACUUUGCCGACAUUCGCUCGAUGGCGGCGUUCCUCAAUGUGCAUUUGGGUGUGGAGGAUGAUGCCGACUAUGCGGAUAGCUCUUCGAGGAGUAGGACCUCGCGUAACAAGGCACGCUCAAAUGUCGAGCGAUUCAGGAGCUUCGUCGAGGUGCACUCGCCAGCUUGGCAUCACCGCAGGCAGCGUAUCGGACAGUCAUUCUUGGACCGCUUCGUCAGACAGAAUGUCGCCGAGAUUGACGAAAUUGCGUCAAUCGAGGUGCUCAAGCCAAUCCGGAUGCCAGCUGCAGAGCGAGCUUGCUACCUCGAGCUUCAGCACACCAUCGAAGCGCUCGACCUGCGCCACGCUCGCAGCUUGUUCCGAGGGCCAGCUCGCGCCAAGGUGCUCGCCAGCGAGAACGACCGUGAUCACCGCCUACGCACCACGCUCGGCGAAAGUUCCAGUCCUGAGGAGGCGCUGUCGCGCCAGGCUGCCCAUUUCGUGCUUAGCCAGCGCGAGCGAGCGCAAAACGCCAUUGAAGCAUGCGACCUCAUCAUCGAAGAGCGCGCAAAGCAGCUAGCAUUGUGCAAGGAAGAGCUCGCCGAGAAGCUAGCGGCGGCCAAGGAGCAGCAUUUCCUCAUGGCUCUACACUAUGGCUACCGUGAUGAUGCCAAACAAGCGCUCGUCUCCUUUGCAAAGAAUGCCAUCAGCGCCAAGUACGGCGACCGUGAAAGCAAGCAAGCUGUCGCCGAGAUACUCGAAGCGGCCAAUUGCCUGGAAGCGAGCCUGACGGCGAGCGUGGGUCGCAAGCAGUACGGCGCCAAAGAGCUGAAGGAGGCUCUGAAGAGGCGGGCUGCUGCUGCUGCUGUGGACGAGGUACGCAAACAGCGAGCGGCGGCAGCAAAGAGGGGCGGUGCGAAGGCCAAGGGUCGCAAGCGCGAUGAUAGUGAAGACGAGGAGGGCGAAGACAGCGAUGGUCUCGACGACACUGCGCUACGUGCCGAGGAGAAGGAGGCGUCGGUGAAAGCGAUCAAGGACCUCGAGGCGCAAUUGUCCAAACGCGGCGGCAGCAACGACGAGGAGCGAGCGAGAUUAGCCUGGCUUCAAGAGACUCAUGCGCGAGCUCUCGUACACCAUCUCGUCCAACUCCGCAACGAGACGGCCGCCCGUCAACGUUCUCUGCGCUACUUUGAGAACAUCCGAUCCAUCCAGAUGAGCCAGGGUCACGCCGUUUGCGGCGACUGCCCUGGGUGCAAGUCUCAGCUUACUUUCGCCAACCUCGCGCUCUCCUCUGUGUGCGGCCAUCUCUUCUGCCUCGAAUGCGGGCAGAGGGAGGCAUGGAAGGGCAAGUGCCCCGAAUCCGGCUGCAACGCCGAUGCCAAGCCGACGUCGAUCAUCGCGGCUACGUCUUUGGGUGUAGAGAAUACUAAAGUGUCCGCUUUCGGCGAGAAGAUGAGCCAACUAGCCGGGCUGUUGCGCAACGAGAGGUUGAUUCCAGCGGAGGACAGGAUCAUUCUAUUCGUGCAGUUCGAGGGUCUCUUGGAGAAGACGGCGCAGGCUUUGACAUCGUACCGGAUCAAGUUCACUCGGGUCAAGGGCAACGCCAAGCAGCGAUCGCAAGUAUUGGACGACUACCAACGCGGCACUGCCCCACGUGUACUCUUGCUGGAUGUUGCCGACGAGAGCGCUGCUGGGUCCAACCUCACGAUUGCGAACCACGUCAUUUUCCUUUCUUCGCUGAUCAGCGACGAUGCGGCGACGUAUCGCUCGACGAUGGAGCAAGCUCGCGGGCGAUGCCUGCGAUUUGGCCAAGUCAAGGAGGUGCGAGUGUGGCAUCUACUAGCUCGAUCGACGAUUGAUGAAGAGGUGUUCGAGAGGCGGGACGGGCGCGGUACCCUGGACGAUGUGUUGGCGAUGCGGAGCGCGAGGCAAGAGGAGUUGGGCACUCAAUUGGGCGUCGAGAGCGUUGUGGAGCAGGCGGCGGCGAGCGCAAAAGGGGCGGUAAAGGUGUGAUGGCGGAGGCAAGCGGCGAGCGUGAUGAGCGUGGCGCGAGGCGGGAACACUUGUGUCAAGGACAAAUGGCAAUAAACUGAAAGCUUCUCUCCAC